AUGUUCAAGGUCGAUGGCUCUCCCGUUCCAGCAUUCGGACUCGCUCUCCACAACGAUGAGCUGUACUUUGCUCCCUGGUAUCAAGGAGACAUGACUGUUUACGCAGUAAAUCGAGAGAGUAAAAACCUCGCACAAGUAUCCCGAGGAGUCUCACCGCGGCCCUUCUCGAUGAUAGUCGUUCACAAGCACAUGCAAAAAUCGCCACGUGAGCAAGGAAUAAGAUUUUGCGAAAAACAAAAUUCUAACGACAAAACUGUCCGACAUAGAUGCUCACACCUCUGCGCGAACAUCGGAAAAGAUGAUUAUGUUUGCCUUUGCCCGUCAAAUUCAGGGCUUGUCCUGGCACCGGAUGGAAAAACGUGCGUUAUUCCAGAUCAAUUUCUUCUGGUGACAUCUUUGGACGAAGGGACAAUCAGUCUCAUUCCUAAAGCUAUCGGCGGUGUUCAAAUUCAGCCUGAUGAUGUCCAUGAUCGUGUCGUUAUUGCGACUUCUGAAAGACCUUCCGCAGUCGUCUAUGAUCCAGUCGACGAGCACCAAAAGAUAUUGCUUGCCGAUGCUCAAUAUUCUGGCGAAGAUGGAUAUGCAUAUGUAGAUCCUCCCAGUGUGACUUGGAUUUACAGUCCAGAAAAGAAUAUUUAUGAACAUGACAGUUACUCUAUUCCACCUGAGCGAAUCAGAUUACCAUUCGGUGUAACUGGCUAUGGAGAUAUGAGCUGGUUCACUGAUUGGGAACUCGGAGGAAUCGUCGAAAUCGACCCAACUACUUUUGGAAGAGAUUCUGUGAUUUUAAAAUUGAAACUGAAUUUGUCGAAACCGACGGGAAUAUUCUUUGUCGACCGUGUCUCGGCGAAUGUGAAGAACAGCCCUUGUCUCAAGAAUCUAUGCUCACAUAUUUGUGUUCCCGACAAGACUUCGGCCCGAGAAUACUACUGCAGUUGUCCCAAAAACACUGGACUUGUUAUCGGAACCGACGGUGUUCAAUGUAAGACGCCUGAAAGAUUUCUUCUUGUUGCCGACAUGAAUCGAAUUCUUCUACAAACUCUGGAAGAUGGAUAUCCAGAUCAAACUCCUGGACCUGUCAUUCUUUAUGAGUCUCCGAAUAUGUUUUCCAAUAUUGCCGGUGUUGUUUACGAUCCCAUCGAAAAUUAUGUUUACUGGUCAGAUAAUGGAAUUAAGCAUAUUGCGAGGAGAAAGUUCUUUGUAACGCCACCAGAAAGCAUCAAAGAUAGAGAUCGAACCCUGGAGUAUGAAGUUAUGCCAUAUAUUGAAAAUAUCGGUGAAAUAAAUGCACUCACAUUCGAUGUCGAAAAUCGGCUCCUUGUUUGGACUGAUAGUGGACGAGGUAGCAUUGAAAUUCUUUCCCUUCGACCUGGCGCGAUUUUCCAUGCAACAGCAGCUGCUCAACGAGAGUUUCCAAUGGGAGUGGCACUAGACGCAACGACUGGUAAAAUCUUCUGGACAGAAAUGGGAAAGCAGUCUGGUAUUUGGGAAAUGGACUUUAAUGGAUCGGACAAGAAACAAGUAGUGCCAAAGUCGCACUAUCCAGCGUCAAUUGUCUUCGACAGUUUAUCACAAGAAAUUGUUCUUGGCGAUGCAAAAACUGUAGAAAUGGAGAGCUACACAUCGGCAGAUUUUGCCCCUAUUCAUUCCUCGAGCUUUAUAGAAGCGGGUCAUUUAUUCUCCAUUGCCACUGAUGGAAGCAAUAACUAUUUUUCCGACUGGGAAACGCAAAGUGUACACACUUUCAGCCGUGAUGUCUCUCAAGGCAACACUCUUAUCAAAAAUCUGAUCCGGCCAACGCAACUUUUCUUCAACAGUGGUUUAGCUGUUGCGGACAAUGGUAUUUGCAUGACAAAUGAUAUAAAAUGCUCUCAUAUUUGUCUGCCUGCCGAUGAUGGAUACGACUGUAAAUGUCCCGACAACCUUUACUUGGCAGCAAAUUAUGAAACUUGUGUUGCUACUCGCGGUGAAAUUGGCGAGUAUGGGGACCUUGAGUCUUAUCUCGACGAAUAUGCAGCAUCAACAGAAAUCACGCCAACAACAUCCGCUGCAACGACAACAACGGCGAUUAUUAUUGAUGAGUCUGAUUUUGAUUCAUACGUUGACAACUUCAAUGAGACGGAUUCCGAAUACGACUACGACAUAAGUAAUUACGAUUAUGAAAUAAUAGAGGAUAAACCACCAGUCACUUCCGUGACAAACUCGACAACAACGACGUCUACAGUGACAGUAACAACGCCAACAACGCCAACGACUACUACUGGGACUACCACUGAGACACUUCCAGAGAUUGUGGCGGAAUUCGCGAAUUGUCCGGAGUAUACUGACAACGGCAUUGAGCUACAGUUAGAUGGAGGCUAUACGUUUUCGACUAUUGACAAUACGAGGUUCAAUCUCACUGCAAAUUCUGGCGGAGUCGAUCUUGAUGUCGUAAGAUCUAAGUCUACUCCAAAGAAAUUGAGAGCUGGAAAACAACAAAUGGUUGAAUUCGAAGCGUAUGAUUCGAUCACCAAUGAUACCGUUAAAUGCGGAUUUCUCGUGGAUAUUAUUGAUACAGAGCCUCCGAGACUGGUUUUCUGCCCAAACGAGAUGGUCAUUUCUAGCUUCAGAAAAGACUUGACCUCUUAUGUUGAGUGGCCGAUGCCAGAGUUCAAAGACAACUUGGGUGCUUCGAAUUUGAACAUAACGAUGAGCCAUGAACCUGGUUUCUUCCCCAUCGGUAUUCAUGAGAUUCUGAUCACGGCUACGGAUCAAUUUGGAAAUUCGGCAACGUGCGGCUUUGAAGUGAUGGUCAAACAAGAGCGGCCGAAAAUGGGGUGUGGAUAUCCUCCGAAACCUCCGAAUUCCGAAUUGAUGUGCCAGACUGAUGCUGACAAUUUCGUUCAGCACUGCCAAGUCUUCUGCAGCGACGGAUACGAGAAUGCUCUUUAUCUCCCUCAAAUGACAUGCAAUUUUACGUCACUGCAACAUGAGGAGCACAUUUGGCUGCCCGCUCUUGAUGCGAACGUAUGCCAAAAACCAGCGAUCGCCGGUGCGUCCAAAACAAUCCAACUUACAUACGAUGCGCCUUGCAUUCCUGAUCCAAGCUUUUACAAAAGUUCGAUUGCAGUUAUGAAACCACAGAUUCAAAAUCAACCUCGAUGUGAGACAAAAGCUCGAGCAGGCUUCUGUGAAAGACCAGAGUCAUUUUUGCAAAUAGAAUGCGAGAAUGAAGAAAAGAUCAGGCUCAACAUCACCGUCGAAAUCGAGGAAACUGAGAACAUGAAGACUACAGCUACCGUUUUGUCGUAUCUCGAUCUUGUUCUAGAAGAUAUAAGAGUCGCAGCGGUAGAAGGUUCUUUGACACUAACUGGCUCUGACCAGGAGGAAUACAUCGCUCAAAAAGCGGAAGAGCUUCCUAGCUACAGUGCGUACAGUUCGUCUCCAAUUCUAGGACAGCUCAUUUGCGAUGAUGGCCAUAAAGUCGUGAAAGAUGGAUGUUUGAAGUGUCCAAAAGGAUCACGAUUAUAUGGAAAUGAGUGUGAGCUUUGCAGAAUCGGAGAAUAUCAAGAGAUUCCUGGUACGUCCAAGUGCUUUAGUUGUCCUGCAGGAAAAACAACAAUCAGUGUUGGAACAACAUCUAUCUUCAAAUGCAUCGAUGAUAUCCAGGAAACUUCAAGUUUGCUCCCCUUUGUGAUUGCUGGCUGCGCUGCUGGAUUUAUCAUACUCUUGGCGCUCGUUCUAUGUAUCGUCUGCGUUAUCCACAAGAAAAAGAGAGAGCGUCAACGAAAACACCUUGAAGCUGUCCAGCGCCAUGCAAGGAACGAACGAGCUGAGCAAGAAAAGGUUGAGCAGUUGGCUCAACUAGAGCGCGAGCGCGAAGCCCGUGAGGCCGAAUUCGCCCGACAGAGAGCUGAACGGAGAGCAAUGAUGAACGCUUUGACAAUAGACCAGGAAAAUCAAGAACCGAUCCCAGUUGAAAACGAGUCAGAAAACGGCUCUAGCUCAAGCGAUGAAGAUGAUGAUGAUGACAUUGCAAAGCCUUCUCAAGUUGAGUCUGAAUCUGGCGAAGAUAAUGAAGAUGAUUUGGAUGCAGAAGUCGCUCAGACAUUUGAAAAAGCCCAAGAAAACGAGCCGAAGAGUAUUUUGCGCAAAGUUUCUAAAUACGAAAAAGGGCAAGCCCCCAGUAUGAACAGAAUGGGUCUUCAGAGCUCGCUGAGUAUGCGCUCUACUAAUCUACCAACCGCAAGUGCCUUGAAUCAAAUGAACAGUUCCGGAAUCGUGCGACACGCUUCGAUUGCUGGAUCAAUGACGGGGUCACAAAUGAUGAUGAUGCCGCCGAACAGCAGCGUUCAGAGGACGCCUAGCAUGAAUCUGGAAGGGUUUAAUCAACAGAUGAUGCUACAGCAAAUGAUGACUCAGGGAAACUACGAUAUGGUCAGGCCAUCACAUCAGUUCUCGCCAGCGAUCGCAACGCCUCCAGACUCGACUUAUGACGUCCCAAGACCCUCGUAUCCAGGCAGCCAUGUGGGCUCUUUCGUUGGAUCUCAAGGCAUGCCGCCUCCACAACACAAUCAGAUGUCAAACAUGCCGCCACAACACAUUCAACCUCCUCCUCCUCAAAUGAACAAUCCGCACCAGAGACAAGGCAGCUACCAAGGUGGAUUUGCAGAUCCUGGUCAAAUUCAAAACUUCAACCAACCUCAAUUUAUGGAAGGCCCUCCUCAAGGACAGAUGCCGAACGGUUUCGGCCCCCCUGGACAGCAGAUUCCUCCUCAUAUGCAAGGUCCUCCAGGACCUCAUCCAGGACAACACGGACCUGGACCGGAGCAAUACGACAAUAUGCAGUUCAAUAAUGUACCGCCUUUUAAUAUGGGCCCGGGACCGCAAGGUUUUUACUAA